AGUUGCUUUGGCUUGUAAAAUCCGUUGUAACGUAACGCAAAGGUGUGCCGUGGAGCGAUCGUCAUUGACCCGUUAGCCGUUCACCAGUUUACCAAACCACGCAUUGUCAUCGCCAUCGUCGGUCUUAGACUCUGCCUGCUCUUGGCAGCCUACACCACAGGGAAAUAUAUUAUUAUUUACACUCCAUACAAUUACUGUCCUUCCUGGUGAUAGUCUAGGUAAUUCACUAAUCAGAAGGUAUACUCUAGCAGCAGCAGUAGUGGUGGUGGUGGUGGUGGUGCUGGUGUACCACCUCAAGAACGCGAUCAGUGUGUGUUGUUUUAUCGUGACGAGUGUUUUAAACCUGGUGAAGGUGCUACGGGAGUAACAACCAGACUUCCAUACCCUGGAUACUCUGGGAGAUCAUCAUUAUUAAUAAAAGACAAGGACCGCGACGAUUUAAAAAAGUGUUUAACGACUGGUGUACAAAGAGUGUGCGGGUGAGAGAAAGAAGGAACAAGCGGUCGCGGUAGUGCGCCAGUGGUGGAGGAGGUGGUGCUGCUGUUGGUGCUGGUGAAGGCGGGUACGAGGGGUAGACUCGCUCGAGUGAGACAACACGACGACGACGACGACAAAAAAGAACGACAACGCGACCGAAGACCAGCUCGCGAGAAGGAGAAGGAGAUAGAAAGAGAGUGCGUGGCCCCGUGUGUCCUGAGCGUGUAUUAGAGCGGCUUACACACGGUCUCCUCUGUGCUCUGAGGACUGAGGACUGUACUGACUGUACUGAGGAACCACAGAGUAAGAGCAUGAGGUACGUACAUGUGUGUACUGAGCCAAGUAAAAAGACAAGACGCCGGGAAAUAAAUCUACUGGUUCCGCGGAUGAGGUUAUGUUCUGUUCUCUGGGAGUAGUCAGCACACUUUUGUACUCCGUCUUGGUGAUAAACCUGAGCAAAUCUAAUCUAUCGUACAAUAAUAGUCCACACUAUGUGCUAUAGACCAGUCAGACAUCAAUCGUUAAGCCUGACAAUAAGAUAAAAGGAAACGUUUAAUCAGCCAGUAGAUACUGACACUUGGCAUCACUAUUUUUUAUUUUAUUAAUAAAGAGCAAAGUGAUAUUACAGUGUGGACGAGAGGUAAUAUAAGUAACCCGGUGUGCUCAGGAUGCUGAGCAUCAACCCAGCGAGGAAUAAAUCACGUGACUUGCGGACCGCCUGGCGAAGGUUAAUCGCCAGCUGAGGAUGUCGGAGCAAAACGGGCCCACGGAGGGCCCGGGCUGGUGGCCACCGACACAGUCGUGGAAGUCGACUUCUACAAGUGGCUCAUCCCGCACCAUCGACGCCGGCAAGAAUGUGUCUGUGACGACUAUCAAUGUGCCACCGGUCCACGAGAUGCAUGAUGUCAAAAGUGUUAAGUAUCUGAGUGGCCAGAAUGGCGUGACUGUAUCAGUAGUUUCUUCGUGUGGUAGCAGCCCAAGUCCAAUAACGAACCCCGCAGAAUCGAGCUCGAUCGAUGACCUUGGAGACAGCGAUGGCGAAGUGAGCAAGAUUGACUUCCGCGGAGUUAAUUUACGUACGAAAAAAAAACGUGAUGGAGAGUCAGAGUGUCCGAGCGUCGAUGAUUCACAUCACCAGCAACCAGAACGUCCGAUGUCGUGGGAGGGUGAGCUCUCGGACCAAGAAAUGUCUUCCAAUACAAUCACUAAUCAAGACCACGAAGAAAUGUCGAUGGAGGGUGUCCAGGUGUGCAGCGCGAGUCCUGGUCCUCAGGAGCAAAAGUUUCCUAUAAAACCGGAGCCGGACUUUAGAUCGAGUCCAGGUCUGGGUAUCGGUUCACACGUGGACGCGUCAAUGCCACUGUCACAUGCUCAGCAACUCCAUCAUCAUCAUCAUCACCAUCAGCACCAACAGCAGCACCAUCAGCAACGUGAGCUAGAGCAAAACCAGCAAAGCGACUUACCUCUGCUCGUAGGUAAACUUCUGGGUGGCUACAACAGUUCCACUCCUAAUCACAGCCCCGUUCUAAACCCCCGUCAUCACUUGACGAAACACAGUCACACGAGGUCACAAGUUCCGUCCCCAGACUCGGCAAUACACUCGGCCUACAGCGUCUUCAGUUCGCCGACCCAGAGUCCACACGCAGCCCGGCACUCAGCUCUGGGUGCCGGUAGUCCAGUUCCUUCCUCAUCACUCUCGCUGUCACGACACAGCUUCAAUAAUUCCACAUCCUCGCUCUCCCUAUCUCUGUCUCACUCCUUGUCACGGAAUAAUUCCGACGCCUCGAGCAGUUGCUACAGCUACGGCUCUCUGAGUCCGCCCACUCACUCGCCCGUCCAGCAGCCAAGGCACGCCCAUCAUCAUCAGCAUCAUCACCAAGUACCACAGGGUAGUCCUUUACACCUGCCAGCAACCUCAGCUACCAACGCCCACCACUACUCAAAUGUUUCCGAGCUCGGGUCAGAAACCCACUCCGAGGCUGAUCAAGAGGACUGCAAAAUUCCAUCCGCACCCUCUGGUAUCUCAACAAGGCAACAGCUUAUCAACAGUCCCUGUCCAAUAUGCGGUGACAAGAUAAGCGGUUUCCACUAUGGAAUUUUCUCAUGCGAGUCAUGCAAGGGCUUCUUCAAACGUACUGUCCAGAACAGGAAAAAUUACGUUUGCCUGAGAGGCGCAGGAUGUCCUGUAACUGUGGCAACGAGAAAAAAGUGCCCGGCCUGUCGGUUUGACAAGUGCCUCAACAUGGGAAUGAAGUUGGAGGCGAUUCGCGAGGACAGAACACGCGGCGGCAGGAGUACAUACCAGUGCACGUACACGCUGCCAGCAAAUCUCAUAGGCAGCUCCGCCGGGGGAAUCCCCGGUGAAAAAAUGUCUGGUAGUUGUGGUAGUCCAGCACCACCCGGAGAACAUCAUCAUUCCACACGGCAUCACUGGAAUCACUCCCACAAGAUCCAGGUAGUUCCCCAGUUGCUCCAGGACAUCAUGGAUGUCGAACACUUAUGGCACUACAACGAUAAUGAUCGAAUGAGCCAAGCGAGCGGAUCAAAUGGAUCCAAUUAUCCUGAUGUGUGUGGUCCCAGUUCUGGUCCUGGUCCCGGCAAUAUCGAUAGUAAUACUAGUGGUAGUAAUAAUAGUAGUAGUAAUAGUAAUAAUAAUAGUAAUAAUAACAACAACAACAACAACAACAGCAGCAGCAGCAGCAGCAACAACAACAACAGCAACAAUAAUAACAACAACAGCAACAAUAAUAACGAAUCAAGACGCGCAGAGUCGAGGCCCAGCUCGGUUGGUCCAACGAAUCCGACGAAUCAAGAGCAGCCAACCUCCUCAACGUCAGGAUUAUCAAGUACUGAUAAUUCCACAAGUGGCGCAAGCAAUCCCAGCAGUGAUACAAGCGGCCAGCAACCAGACCCACUAUCAAAUUUGUGCAAUAUUGCUGACCAUCGACUAUACAAAAUCGUUAAAUGGUGCAAAAGUCUUCCUUUAUUUAAAAAUAUAUCUAUCGACGAUCAAAUAUGCUUGCUUAUUAACUCCUGGUGCGAGUUGCUAUUAUUCUCAUGCUGUUUUCGCAGCAUGAGCACCCCCGGAGAGAUACGUGUGUCUCUUGGCAAGUCAAUUACCCUCGAGCAAGCACGGCAACUUGGCUUGGCAACUUGUAUAGAAAGAAUGCUUGCAUUCACAAACAAUUUACGGCGAUUACGUGUCGAUCAGUACGAGUACGUCGCUAUGAAGGUGAUAGUGCUGUUGACAUCAGACACCAGUGAGCUCAAGGAGCCUGAAAAAGUACGGGCUUCUCAGGAAAAGGCGCUCCAGGCAUUGCAGCAGUACACCAUCGCAAGGUAUCCAGAGAUGCCGGCCAAGUUUGGUGAGCUGCUGCUCCGGAUACCAGAUCUACAGAGAACCUGCCAAGUGGGAAAAGAAUUGCUCAGUCAAAAACGCGCCGAGGGGGAGGGCAGCUCCUUCAAUCUCCUUAUGGAACUACUGCGCGGCGAUCACUGAUGAUAAAUAAAUUCCUUAUAAAUGAUCAACAAUCCGUCAAACCUUUAUCUUGGGUCCAGUAACUCCGGCAAUCAGGUUUCAAGUUAAUAGAUAAUGUACUAGUGUAGCCGAUGAUUAGGAAAAAAAAGUAAUAAUUUAUAAUUGUUUUUAAAACGACUGUAAUUUUCGUAUAGUCCGCAGUAGCUCUGCUUAGCUCGCGGUGAGGGGACUACUUUUUUUAUUAAAAUUAUUUUACGCUGAUAAAUGACUAUGAUAAUAAAUAUAUAUAUACAUAUAUUAAAUAUAUUGAAGAUAUUAAAAAUUCUAUAUAUAUUUUCUAUCAAAAUGCUUCCAAUCAAGACGAACAAGGGCUUGCAUUCCUGUUUUUUUUUUUUUUUUUUAUAUACGAGUAUAAAAAUUUAUAUAUGUAUGUAAUACAUAUAUAUAAAUAUAUAUGAAUACAGGAGUUUAUUGCAACGGCCUUACGGUUACGUUUGCAUCGUCCAAGCGUGGGUCCUGGUGCGAGUGAGACUGAAAAUUAUUAGAGGCCCGUAAAAACUCAAGAGGAUUGGACACGCGCUAAAUUAUUAUUAUUAUUUUAUUAUAUAUUUACGAAAGGUAGUUCGUAAGUACUAAUUAAAUGAGCGUGAGUGCAAACGGUAUGACAAAGAAUGAUUUUUUUUUUUUUUUUUUUUAUUAUUAACAAUAAUAAUUUAUAUUAUUAUUGUAUGAGAGUUUUAAUUGCGAGUAAAAUUAUAAAUUUUGUUAUAAAUCACCAGUAUUUCGUACUGUCUAAAAAAUACUUAAAGCAUAAUUUAUCCCAGUGGAAGAUGUACUUAAAAACAAACUAAUUAUCGACGAAAGAAAAUUAAAAAUGCAAUCUAAUGCUUAUGUAUGAGUCUAAUUUAAGGUGAGUGCCUUUACAGAGGUGCCAAUUUUAAAAAGUAUAUAAAUUUAAAUACAUAAUCUCAUUUUUUUACGUCACUGUAAUUCGUACUCUGUAAUUCAGCCGUUGAAAUAUUAUUUUAAUGGCCUUAUUAUAUAUACUAAACAUUGAUAAAUGAUUUAGAUUAAAAAAUAUGAAUAAAUGGAGUAUAUAUAUAUAUAUAUAUAUAUAUAUAUUUAUAUAAAUAUAUUAUUAUAAAUAGUAUGUGCGUGCCGUUGAUAAGCAACUGGUUGUCGCUGAAUGCGUGAGUGAGAGCACAUAGAAUAGGUGUAUUGCCUCGUUGGCUGUAGUCUUUUACUAUUAUUAUUAUUAUUAUAAUUAUUAUUAUUAUUAUUAUGAUUGUGUCUAUAAUAAAUUUCACGCGCUACGUAUCAUGUGUGAUACGCGUUGAACGCGUGCGUUGUUGGCCUUUUAACUCGCGCGGCAUUUCCAGCGAUGCCGUCGCGAGUCCACUAGCGUAGUCUAUUUUGUAGUUAUCUAGUAAAAUUAUUGAUAAUCAAUUUAUUAUUCAUUUAUUUUAUGUACGCCUUUUAAAAAGACUGCAAUGUAAAGUUAAAGCAAUGGUGUA